AUGGCAAUAGCAAGAAUUAAGAGUUUCCUCGAUAGCAGUAUCAAAAACAUAUCUGCGCCGUUAGACCACACGGCUACUCUGGAGCCGGAAAUUGGCAUAAAAAUAGUCCAUUCGCCAAAUGACAAAACAUUACUUGUGACAGUUCUCGGCGCUAGGCACUUACCGCAAAAUUUUGGUUUUACAAGAGUCAACAGUUACGUAGUAAAGGUGAAACUGAUACCCGGCAAAGAGAAAUUCGAAACGACAUCAAAAAAUGAAUCCUGGCCUCAAUGGAACGAGGAUUUCGUAUUUCAUCUUCGAAAAGAAACUAAGUCUAAGUUCGGCAAGUCCAAGGUUGUGGAAGAAGAGCUCAGUGGAUCUAAAUUCAUCGUAGUCACCUUGUAUGCAAUCUUAGAGGAAAAGCCAUUGAUUGCAACUGAAAAGAAGGAGAAUGCGAAGGAAAAGAAGGAUAAAAGCGAAUCUUCAAAGAAGGAUGGAAAAAAGAAGGAAGGAGGCAGUGGUGCUUCUGGUUCCCAGGAGUCACACAAAAAUAAGCUCUUACAAUUAAGUCAAUUUUUUGGUAGACCGUCGGACAAGGUUGCUGAUCAAAGUGUUCCUGAAAGGAAAAUUUUUGAUAAAAGACGAACCCUUGGAGCUACAACCAUUCCUCUAGAUUCAAGGAAUUUCACGACAAAAGCACCUAAAGCUAAGCAUCAAAGUGAUAUUUCUACAGGUGAUAUGUGGAGAACGCUUAAACCGAUUUCUAGUGGAAUUGCCGGGGCAGAAGAAAGAAGAGAGAACAAGAAGGGACAAGUUGAACUUUCCUUGUGUCAGCAAAAAAGUCACCAGAAGGAUGCAGGUGGUGGACCCUUAGUAUUAACUUUGCUGCGUUUGAGAUGCUCAAUGCAAUCGAUGCAUGAACAUGAAACUCUCAAAGGUCAGAUGUACAUUAAAAUGUCUGUCAUCGAAGGAGGAAGAGUUACUCACUUUUGGAAAAGCGAUCGAUUUGCACCCUGCAUUUCCAUGAAGUUCGCUCCCGAAAUGGCCAAAGUUGUUGUUGACAAUCCCUAUGAAGGAGCACUCAAGGACGUUAGUUUUGUUAUUAAAUUUGUCUCCAAAAACAAGAUCGGAAAAAAGUCUACUGUUGGUCAUUUCGCGAUUGGACCGGAAGUUGGUGGAGCAUAUAGCGAACAGUGGAAACAAGCACUUGCAAAACCGGGUCAACAAAUUAUUAAAUGGCAAGCUUUCGAAUAGGGCAGGAGUUUAAAUUUAUUUUAUGACACGUAUUAGACUCCUUUUAAAAUAGAUUUAAACUAUAACUAAAUAUUUUACUAAUAUUUAAAAAAAUGAGGAUAUGGAUAAAGGAAAAGAUAGAAAUCCGUCCAAUCAGCAUAUUAUGAACCUGGUAAAAGAAUGUUACAUAUAAAACACAGUCAAUUGAAAUCAAACAUUUACUUAUGGUUUAUUUUUUAUACGAAAGGACUACGAAACCUAAGCCUUGCAUUUUUUAUUUUUUCAAUAUAGUUUUUAUUAAUCUUGUUGUAUUUUGUAUAUCAAUAGAUAAUCAAUUUUAUUAUAUUUAAUUAUUACAAUCUAAAAAAAAACUUUAGUUUCGCCUAUUUCGAAACCACAGUAUUGUUAUAAUCCGUCCGUUUCUUUAUAAACUUUAACCUUGGAAACUAAUAAAUUGGUUUUCCUUUUUACAUUUGUAUUAGCGGUUAACCAACUGACACUGCCUUCUGGUAAACAUGAGGUAAAUUUAUCGUACAAGAAUUACACUUUUAAAGUAUUAAUAGGUUAAGCGCACUCACUCAACAACUUACUGCGUGUGAAUUUGUGUAUAAAUGUAUAGUUUUAGGUAUUAAGGAAAAUGUUUGUGCCAUCGAGAGCUCUAUUUUUUAUGCAUUUACAACAUUUUGUGGCACACAUUUACACAAUUGUUAUUUAAUCUAGGAAUUGUAUUUGGCAUGAAAUAAACAUACAACAAAGCUUUAUUAAAA